UGAACAAAGUUGGGCCAGCUUCAGCGCAUCAAGGUGCGCCACGAAUGGCUGACCCAUAAACAGUAGAUCACAUGCCAAAACAAGACGCGCGCGCACCUUGACGAGAAGCCCGAGCUCCUGGCCACACCAUAAAUACCUGCAUACAAGGCUUGAUUUUCAAGUGGCGCGCAAGGCUUAAUGCAAAGCAUUUGAGUAUUUUACCUGGGCAACCCAACACAGCAUCUGGGGAGGUGGGAUUUUCUUGCUUAACAAUGUCGGCCGGCGAUUUCGAAAUUCAAGGGGAUGAAUCCAACGAGGACUGAGACUCCAAGUCCCAAGUUGAACAAGGGCCAGCCAUCAGAAAGAAGAAAAAGGAGCCCGUUCGCUAAACCCGCCAACUUUGAGUGGUCGGUCGCCUUCUUCGGUAAAAUAUAGCAAACCCCAGCGAUAAAUACACGCUACGUCGCCAAAACAAGAGUCUCAUACCGGCGCCAUGGCGGUAUUUGGCUUCUUGGGAGUAAUUUUUGGCUUCUUCACCCAGUGGAUUUACACAUUCUUUGCAUGGAUCCAAGGCAAGUCCCCAAAGGCAACAUGGCGAAGAAACCUUCGCAAUGCCCAAAGCUACAAGGAAUGGCGCACUGCUGCCGACCAGCUUGACACCAUCUAUGGGUUUGACAAAUGGCGAAGGGACAUGAAAUCAAGCCUCUACGGAUGUGAAGCGGUUUUAGACCACCUUAGGGAGCUACAGAGGGCAACAGGUGAUCACACAUUGCACCACACCCUUCCAAAUUUGAUCAGAUCGGCCUUGACACGCAACAUGGGCAACAUCACCUCGACAAAGCUUUAUCACCGUGCUUUCGGCGGCACCAAGCACCUGAUCGAGCAAUACGUCGUCCAAGUCGGGAUCUCGAUCAACAAGGUCCUGCUGCCUGAUUCCGUUUCUGGGAUCGAAGAGCACGAGUCCACCAACGGAAGCACGGGAGGACAUCGCGGAGCACCUGCGGAACUUGCCGUCACCCCCAUCACUUCCCGGCGCGUGCAAGGCCUGUGGACUCUGCACGACAAGAAGACGGCCGCCGCCGACUUCCAGCGGUCCUUUGGGCACACUUGCCUGAUCCUCCAAGGUGGCUCCAUCUUUGGCAUGUGCCAUCUCGGUGUCGUCAAGGCGCUGCACGAAGAUGGACUCCUGCCCCGCUGCAUCGCGGGCACGGCGACGGGAGCGCUCAUUGCGGCUUUGGUGGCUACGCAUACCGACGAGGAACUCCCCAGGGUCUUUUCUGGCGAGCUGGUUGAUCUCAGCGCAUUCGAGACUCAUGCCCGAAAGACAAGCUCCGGUUCUAGGUGGGCAACCCUGUUCCGGCGCCUCCACCGAUUCGCGGAGAAGGGCUACAUCCUCGACUUGACCGUGCUCGAGCAGCUCGUGCGAGACAAUGUGGGUGAUAUGACCUUCCAGGAGGCUUUUGAGCGUACUGGCAGGGCUCUCAACAUUACGGUCGUCUCCUCGGGUCAGGGUGGAGUGCCCACGGUCCUUAAUUAUCUAAGUACACCAAAUGUGCUCAUCUGGACAGCAGCGGCAGCCUCUAAUGCAGACUUGCCCUCGCUCUACGGUCGUACAACGCAGUUACUGCGUAAGGGGUAUGAUGGGAGGAUCGAAGCAUGGGGACCCCCGAGGACCUUUAGGCACUUUUCCCAGGCGCAAUAUACGGAACAAAACUCACCAAUCCGCAAAAUCGGCUCCCAGUUCAACGUCAACCAUUACAUAGUAAGCCAGGCGCGGGCGUACAUGCUUCCCUUCCUCAGGCCAGACAUGCACGGCCCCGUAUCCAGUUUCAGCUGGUACCUCAACGACCUGGCCUGGUACGCCGGCCUCGAGGUCCGGCACAGGCUCCGGCAGCUCGACAGGUUCGGGCUGAUCCCGGACCGCAUAAGGCGUCUUGUGAUCGACGACGUCGUUCCCAGUGGCAGGGGCCUGACCGUAGUGCCCGACGUCAAGAUGGCCGACUUUGCACGCCUCCUCGAGGUGCCCACGCAGCAGUCGCUGGCGCACUGGAUCAGGGUUGGUGAGAAGAGCGUCUGGCCCGCGUUGGCGGCUCUCCGGGUGCGCUGCCACGUCGAGUUGGUGAUUCAAAACGCACAGGAUGUCCUUGACACGACUAACGAGGCCGAGUAUGCAGACCUGGGGGUGCCGAAUACUGAAGUCAACGGCGGGGUUAAGGCAUGACCUCGUCUAGGGACCGGGGUUGGCAGCUGGGACAUGUCUCGUCCCGGUCUCUUAGUUGGGCUUUGGGAGAAACGAAGUUGAUGUACAAUAGAAUCUGUACCAGCUCGACGGUUCCACCCGCCAACAUGCUUGUAUCCUUCAUUGCAAUCUCAGUCUACAAUUCGGGAUGUUGUUUUGGCCAGCGGAGACCUGUACCUGCACUAGCCUGUCACUUCUCGAAUGUGGAGAGGUAGGGAAAUAGUUUUCCCAAUAUUGAUCAUUGCCGUUGUUACCGCUGAGAAGGUUUCCCCUUUGGAGGCUAGUCGGUAGAUGUCUAGUCAUCUUAACCUUUCAAUGGGAAUUAACGCUUGUCAUCACUGUCACGUCGGCUUCCUAUUAGAGGUUCGGGGGGAUUCGGAGACAACAUAUCCACAAAACCCGACAGUGAUAGUAAUUACCCGGUAUACCAUGCAAGUGCAAGGCAAGUGGAAUCUUUUUCUUUUUCUUCUGUAAAGCU